UUUCGAAGUGUCAAGAGUCGGGAGACUCAGGACACAACGGCAGUCUGCGCUGUCAAAAGUGUGAAGAAAUCAAGAAUUCAAGAUCCCUCCGUUUUGAUACCUUUCUUCUCUUCUUCUUUCAUUUUUCUUCCACCUUGUCUCUCGUUUUCUCUCCCUGUGGUCGUCGAGUGAUGGCUUCUUCAAGUUCUGGAAGCACUCUCCCGGCACCAGAAGCCGUACAGGUGCUUGUAUCUUCGCUUGCAGAUGAAUCUUCUUCCGUCAGGGAAGCUUCCACAACUGCUCUUAAGGAUAUUGCCGCCCUGAAUCCUCUUUUGGUUCUUGACUGUUGUUAUGCUGUUUCUCGUGGAGGACGUCGGCGUUUUGGGAACAUGGCUGGCGUUUUUCAAGUGAUGGCAUUUGCAAUCCGUGCCUUGGACAACAAAGACAUUGAUCCUCCUUUCAUGGCAAAGCUCGCCAAGAUUGCCACUACCGAAAUGAUCUCGUCCAAGGAACUUAAUGCUGAUUGGCAGAGAGCUGCGGCAGGUCUACUUGUUUCAAUAGGCUCUCAUUUGCCUGACCUGAUGAUGGAAGAGAUUUUUCUUCACCUGUCUGGGCCUAAUUCAGCUCUACCAGCCAUGGUUCAAAUACUUGCAGACUUUGCUUCAGCUCAAGCUUUGCAGUUUGCUCCACGACUAAAAGGUGUUCUUUCACGAGUUCUGCCUAUUCUUGGAAAUGUGAGAGUUGCUCAGCAGCCGAUUUUUGCACAUGCAUUUAAAUGCUGGUGCCAGGCUGUAUGGCAAUAUAUUGGGGAUUUUCCUUCUCAUCCACUACUUGAUAGCAAUGUCAUGUCAUUUAUGAAUUCUGCUUUUGAACUUAUAUUGAGGGUUUGGGCAAAUUCCCGGGAUUUGAAGGUACGUGUCUCUUCUGUGGAGGCAUUGGGUCAGAUGGUUGGUCUUCUUACCAGAUCACAACUAAAGGCAGCUUUACCGAGACUUGUCCCAACUAUACUGGAAUUGUAUAAGAAAGAUCAAGAAAUUGCCUAUUUGGCAACGUGUAGUCUACAUAAUCUCCUCAAUGCUUCUUUACUGUCAGAAACUGGCCCUCCUUUGCUUGAUUUUGAGGAACUUACAAUUAUCUUGUCCACUCUUCUCUCAGUGGUGUGCUUUAGUAAUGACAACAAUGAGCAUUCAGAUUUCUCUGUGGGACUGAAGACAUACAAUGAAGUUCAGCAUUGCUUCCUGACAGUUGGGUUGGUAUAUGCGGAGGAUCUUUUUAUGUUCCUUCUGAAUAAAUGCCGAUUAAAGGAAGAGACACUUGUAAUUGGGGCACUUAGUGUACUGAAGCAUCUCCUGCCAAGGUUGGCUGAAGCUUGGCAUGGUAAAAGGCCUUUACUUGUUGAAGCUGUAAAGUUGCUGCUAGAUGAGCAGAACUUAGGUGUUCGCAAGGCACUUGCAGAGUUGAUUGUGGUUAUGGCUUCUCACUGCUAUCUGAUCGGUCCUUCUGGCGAGUUGUUCGUUGAAUAUCUUGUGCGCCACUGUGCAAUAUCAGAUCAGGAGCUGAAUAAUGUCGCAAGCUCCAAGGAAGUCUCUCGGUCAACUGUUGCUUUUCAUCCAUUCCAAUACAAAAGACUGGAGGUGAAAAUCGGAGCUGUUUGUCCGCUGGAGUUGAGGGAAACUUGUGAGAAGGGUCUUCUUUUGAUAACUAUUACUAUUCCUGAAAUGGAGCAUAUCCUUUGGCCUUUUCUGUUGAAGAUGAUUAUUCCUCGGAGGUAUACUGUUGCAGCUGCCACGGUCUGUAGAUGUAUCUCAGAACUAUGCAGACAUAGAUCAUCAAAUUCGAUGCUUACUGAAUACAGAUCUCGUCCUGACAUUCCAAACCCUGAGGAACUUCUUGCACGGUUGGUGGUGCUUUUGCAUGAUCCUCUUGCAAGGGAGCAGUUGCCAACUCAGAUUUUGACGGUCAUGUGUUAUUUGGCACCUCUGUUUCCAACGAAUAUUGCUUUAUUUUGGCAAGAUGAGAUUCCCAAAAUGAAGGCAUAUGUCAGUGAUGCUGAAGACCUAAAGCAGGAUCCUUCAUGUCAUGAAACUUGGGACAAUAUGAUCAUACAUUUUCUUGCAGAAACUUUGGAUGUCAUUCAGGAUACUGAGUGGGUGGUUUCUUUAGGAAAUGCUUUUUCUGAACAGUAUGAACUUUAUAUAUCUGAUGAUAAGCAUUCGGCACUACUUCAUAGAUGCCUAGGUAUACUUCUUCAGAAAGUUGAUGAUAGGUCCUAUGUCCGUGACAAAAUUGACUGGAUGUACAAGCAGGCAAAUAUUGCAGUGCCUACAAAUCGACUUGGUUUAGCAAAAGGCAUGGGGUUGGUUGCUGCAUCACACUUGGAUACUGUGUUGGAAAAACUGAAAGACAUUCUUGACAAUGUUGGACAAAAUUUCCUCCAAAGAUUGUUGUCCUUUUUCUCUGAUAAAGUGGAAGAUGCUGAUGACAUCCAUGCUGCUUUAGCUUUAAUGUAUGGAUAUGCAGCACGAUAUGCUCCUUCGACUGUUAUUCAAGCAAGAAUAGAGGCACUUGUGGUAUUAUGUUGUGGUUCUUGAAUUUCUUGCUUUAUUUGCCUUAAUGCACCCUUGACAUAUGCUUCUUGCUUCUUUAUCUGUUUUUUAUUAAUCACUGUAUCCUUUUCUCUUCUUGAUCAGCAGUAUAUUUAAGUUCCUUCAAUUUUGUGACCUAUAAAUCCUUUAAAGAAUAUAUUCAUAACUUGAAAAAAUUGGGGUAGUCUGAAUUGCAAUACCACUACAGAUACCUUUGCACCACUACCAACCAUAAACCACAUAGAACUGCUCAAAUCUCACCUCUCACAAGUCACAUGAAAAUUCCGAUGGCUAAAUAAACUCCUCAAUGUCAUUAAUUUUCUUUGCGUGUCCAUGGUGAUGACUUGUAUAGGAGCAGUAGUGAAAAGAAUAUCUGGCAUGUGUAGUAUAAGAAUGUGGCUUGUUUUUCUGAUAGGCAGGGAAACAUAUUUUUUGAAACUGGACAAAGUGAGAUAAAAGAAGGAACUCAAAGAGCUCCACUCCUAGAACCCAAGCAACCAACUCAUACAAAACCCCUAUCCCAGAGUGGCUCUUUACUAAUACCUGAGAUGCCUGAUUUCCCAACACCGGCAUGGCCAUCACAUCAAUAUGCUAAUGACAGAAAAUAGCUAGAAUUCUAGGAUAAAGGAAAUAAAGAGGUGGUGGAGAUCUUCUGACUUUGUCCCUUAAUUCUCUGUGCCAAACCCUAUCAUGCCAACAAUAAACUACAUAGUUCUGAUGGAAAGAAGCUAUAUCCUCCCGAGUCCCGACUACCUCUUACUUUGGCUCAUGUAAAGACUUCUUGUUUAAUCUUCACAUCCAAGGAAAACAAUAUCAAAUUUCCCACUUACUGAACUUGCUUGAGGCUUCAAUUCAAAUGUUAAAUUAUCCUCAUUGCGAUUAGUGUAAUAAACUGACAAUAGUUACCUUUUGAGUUUUGAGGCAUUGUCUCAUGCAAGUCAUGAUGGUUUUGAGGCAUUAAACCAUAUCAAGUCAUGAAAAAUCAACGUUAACCCGGGUCUGAUCAUAAAAAAAUCAUCAUUAAGCAACAUCAAGUCAUAAAAAAUCAACAUAGAACUAGAUGACAACAAAAUUGAAGAAGCAAGCUAUUGAGAGUUUGAAACAAUCAAAACAUACAUUUGUUUUAUAUUGUUCUUGGAAAUGAUCGUUGUCUGGGUAUACCUAGUCUCACAUUUGGUUUAUACUGUUCUUGGAAAAUAUGUUCUUUCUAUAAGUAAUUAAAGUACUUUUGAUUUAGAGAAUUGUUCUUGUUCUCUAAUAAGUUUGAUUGGUCAAAUGAUUUUAUUUUUACAUGAGACUAUUUAUAUUAGGUAUAGCACAAAACCAGGUUUUCCAAUAAUUCCAAGAUUGAUUAACUCUGAUUUAUAUUGAAUGAGUUAUGUUCUGGUCAAACCUUAUUUGGUUUGCAUGAAUGCUGUUUAAAGUCACCUUGAUAAAAUUUUACACAUCAAAAGAAAAGAUUUUUUUGCCGCUCUUUUGGUUUUUAGUGAUGCUUUAUCACAAAAAGAUUUAUGAAAUUUUAGAUUUAAGAAAAAACCCUAGCAUAUGAAAGUUGAAAAUGGUCCCUACAACUGAAAAUUCAGUUUUGUUCUUGAUCUAGGGAGUUGGCUUUUUAUCUCUUUGGAAUUUGAAUCUUUGACUAUUUUUUUUAUUAGAUUCAUUUUUUGGGGGGGGGGGGGCUUGUUUGCUUAUUAGAUAAUAUCUUAAGUAAAUGGAGAGAGUCAUUUACUUAAAUGAUGUUUGGCAUAAAUCAGUGCCUAGACUCAAAAAAAACCGCUUGGCUGCCAAGGUGGCACUUGAUAACUAUGAUCAUGUCCUCCACACCAAAGGAGUAGUAGAAGUGGGGAUUCUAAUGGGGUAGAUUUACAGAUAAGAUCUUGUCUGAAUCAAUUGGCUCAUUUUUUGGUGCUAUGUGAAUGUUCAAUUCUACGGGGACUCGAGUUCUUGAUUAGAUUGUUAUUCUUUCUUUCUUUUCUGAAAAUUUUGCAAACCACUCAUCACACUUUCACCACCCACAGAAUGGACUGAUGCACACCUUGUCAGCAUAUCUGAUCUUGAUGAGAUGUGCUACUUGGGCAAAAAUAUGAGAUAUGGGCCUGGUCUGGCAAUUUAAAAUUUGGCCAGGUCUAAAGAUUCGGUCCGAUACUUUGGUUAUGAUAAUCAGACAUUCAGACCAUUAUCAUUGGGCCAAGACGUAAGUAAACUACGUUCAAAUGUAGUUAAACUACUUUAGAUACAUGAGGGCCUCCAAACUAUUUGAUUGUUUCCCGUUCAACAUAGAAGAAACGGCAAUUGAAGGCUUACUAAUCUUAAAAAUAGUAAAAGAGAAGAAUAAGAAUGUCUAAAAGCUUCAAGUAAAAUUAUUUUUUUGGAGAGAUUUGUGUACAGUAAUAUUUUUAUUUUGGGCGAAUAAUAGUU